AAAACAGAGCACCUAAGUUAUUUAAUCUCUGAUAUUCCGUGUUUAACAGUGGUAAUGUACUAUUCCGCGGCGCCUAGUUGAAACAAGAGGUCAGAAUUGUUCGAAAAAGAUGUCGUGUCCUGUACCAAACAGAAAAAUUGGAAUCAUCGGCAGUGGUCUUAUUGGAAGAUCAUGGGCCAUGCUUUUCGCGUCAGUGGGAUAUAAAGUCUACAUAUACGAUAUCCUACCUCAACAGAUUGAAACGGCAUUAAUCGAUGUGGAGAAUCAAUUGAAUCAGCUGGAAAAGACAGGUUUACUCAGAGGAAAACUUACAGCAGCUCAGCAAUUUAACUGCAUUAAAGGCUCGACAAAUCUGAAAGAGGCCAUAAAAGAUGCCCUCCUCGUUCAAGAAUGUGUUCCUGAGAACCUAGAACUUAAAAGGAAGGUAUGGAAAGGCGUAGAUGACAUUGCCAGUCCUGGUACAAUUUUCUCCAGCUCGACGUCUACAUUCCUACCAUCAGCUUUUAGCGACCAUUUACAACAUAAAGAAAAUAUUAUCGUUUCUCAUCCAGUCAAUCCACCCUACUAUGUACCUUUGGUUGAAGUAGUUCCUGCUCCAUGGACCAAACCGGAAGUAGCAAAGAAAACCAGGGCGAUCAUGGAAGAAAUCGGACAAACCCCAGUGUCCUUUUCAAGAGAAAUUCCCGGGUUUGCUGUGAAUAGAAUACAAUACGCGAUCCUCAACGAGACUUGGAAUUUGGUAAACGACGGCGUCCUUGACGUCAAAGACAUCGACAAAGUCAUGUCUGACGGUCUGGGAAUGAGAUACGCGUUCCUAGGCAUUCUGGAAACGACGCACUUGAACGCCGAGGGCUUUGUGGAGUACUGCGAGAAAUAUUCGAAAACAAUUUACGCAGUGAGCCAGGACUUCAAAGAGACGCCAAAAUUUGAGGGAGAUCAGGUGCCUGUAGUAGCGAAGCAGUUAGAGGCACAGAUUCCGCUGAAUAAGCUGCAAGCCAGGAGGGAUUGGAGGGAUCAGUGUUUGGUGAAGCUUAGUCAGUUGAAAAAGGAAAUGGAGGAUGAAUGGAAAAAAUUAAAUCAGUAGAUUUAUUCUGACUUAAACGAAUUUUAAAUCAAAAUAUUUUUUUUGUUAAUUGUUAAUGUUGAAUAUAUAAAUAUAAUGUAUGAUUAAAUGUAUUUGUUACACA